AUGAUCCGUACUGGAGAGCAGAUCCUUGGUAAAAAAUUUCAUAUUCGAGCGUGGCGCCAGAUCACCGUUGGGAUUGCCAUCAAGAAGUUUGGAACCCUCGCGUCGCAGUUCAUUGAGGAUUCUCUUGAUAAUGAAGAUGACCUCAUAGAGGAUCACAGUGGAAGUAUGACUGCGGUAUUCCACUAUCAGGCUGCACAUACGCCUCAUACAGGGAAUCAGAUCUAUGGAGUCACCGUAAAUUUUCGGGCUGGUAUCACCGACGCUGGCCUUCAAGAAUUCCACCAAGCUAGUGAGACCUGGCAUCGACUUAUCAAACAGCCCUCACAGUACUCUAUACCAAGCCCAUUGAAAAGACAACGGCCUACUCUAUUUACUCCUCAGGCUUCCCAGCCAGCUAACGUCAAUACAGAGUGGGAAUGGGACGAGAGUCCUUCUAAACGAGCGCGGAGUCAGGCACUUGAGUCCACACUCUUUCAACGAUUUCAUCGUUGCCAUGAGCCUCGACAGGGUGAACGCCGCUGGACUAUGGAGCAGGCGCAGACAAUUCUGAAGCGCAUGUAUGGGCCAGAAGCGCAGUAUCGAACAAGUAAUCAGCAACAAGCCUUGCAGUAUAUCAUCCAGGUUCUUCGAACAAAUGAGGGCAAGAGCCUGCUCUAUCUUCUGCCCUGCCAGCUUCCCGGUGCACGAACAACCGUGGUAGUGCUUCCUUUAUUAGUCCUUAAGCAGGAUAUGCUCCUUCGAUGUCAGAAUGCUGGAAUUGAGGUGACCAUCUGGAAUCAGCAGGAUGAAUCAAGACAUCUCGGAUCGAGUCCACUGAUCCUCGUGAGCGUUGAGCAGGCAGUACACAUCAACUUCCGAACCUUCCUUCUCUGGCUACAGCUUGCCAAUCAACUUGAUCGUGUCGUGUUUGACAAGUGUCAUCUGACUCUGACAGCCUCUUCUUAUCGCAAGCGAAUGGCCUUACUUCCUACAUUACGUGAUAUUCAGUGUUGUCGGAUUACGCGUUUCGGCACUGGAUAUCAGUUAGUCCAACGCGGCACGUGCGUGCCGCGUUUAUAUGUAGCUAGCUAUCCCCCGUCCCCCUUACUCUUGGGGGGCAGUCAUCAAUAUCAGGAAUUCUAUACCAUAUUGAUCAGGCUCAUAAACCGACAAGAAGUGACUAGCAAGAUUGUUUCAAAGCCGGGCCUUUUAUAG